CAGAAGCGCAGCAGUCAGCGUAAGGAGCUUGCUGUGAGCUUCAAGUGGAAGUACUGAAGAGGGGACUCAGCUGAGCUUUUGACUGAAAACAGAAUAGGCAAAAAGCAAAACAGUCUAACUUUUUAAAGAACAGCAAAAAUUUAAAUCUGAGGAGAGAAUGUCACCCACUGUACACCUACUGCUCGGCGGGCUUGUCCUGCUAUGCAGCUACAGGCUGGACAAACUCACAGAGGCUUGCUCGUGUGCCUUGUCACAUCCUCAAGAUGCCUACUGCAGCUCUGACAUAGUAAUCAGAGCCAAGGUGGUGGGAAAGAAGCUGCUGAAAGACGGACCUUUUGGUACAAUGCGCUACACUGUCAAACAGAUGAAAAUGUACAAGGGGUUUAACAAAAUGAAACAUGUCCAGUAUAUUCACACAGAUGCAUCUGAGAGUCUCUGCGGAGUUAAAUUUGAAAUGAAUAAAUACCAAUAUCUCAUCACUGGCAGAGUAUAUGAUGGAAAGGUCUAUACAGGACUCUGUAACUUCAAUGAGAAGUGGGACAGGCUGACUCUUGCCCAAAGGAAAGGUCUUAACCAUCGCUAUCAGCUAGGCUGCAACUGUAGGAUUAAACCCUGCUACUCUCUGCCCUGCUUUGUGACUUCAAAGAAUGAGUGUUUGUGGACGGACUUGCUUUCUUACAUUGGCUACCCGGGGCACCAGUCUAGGCACUAUACCUGUAUCCAACAGAAAGAAGGUUUCUGCAGCUGGUACAGAGGAUGGGCACCACCUGACAAAACCAUCAUCAACGCAACUGACCCCUGAGAAUCUUCCCCUUUCACUCUGAUUACCAAUGGAAGUCAGUGGGACUCUUCAUCAAUUUGGUGACAGAGUGCCAAAUAUGUGGCUGUUUCCUAGCAGAGUUAGCACUUCAAACAUACAUGUACAAGCUACAUAAAUCACCUUCAGGCUGUAUUUGUUUACCUGAAUGUAUAUUUGCUUUAAAUCAGUGGGCUCCACAUUUAACUAACUUGCUUAAUGAGUGAGAAAACAAACAUACAAGUUUGCCAUCUAGACAGAUGACAGUUUUGAACGCUUUGAGAAAAAAAAAUGUCAGAUCGGUAUCCUGUGAAGAGCGCUUGUAAUGUCUUAACUUUCUGGAAAACAAACAUAUAACUAGAAGAAAAAUCUGUUAUUUAAGGUGAUGUGCGGUACAUCUGUUUAGUUUCCUUCAAAUCUUCAAUCUAAUAUGGCAAUCUGAUUGAAAAGACUAAGGCUCAUUUUUGUACAAGGCAAUAUCUAAUAUGUAUGUACAUUAUGUACUGAGGUUGAGAUUCUUACUUCAAGUCACCCAUUUAUGUCAGAAAAUAAUUAUCAUUUUUUAGACAUGAUUAAAAACUACAGCUGUAGAGUAUUGUUUUAUAAAUAUAUAUUUUAUUAAAAAAUAUAUCACAAUGUGCCAUAUGUACGGUAUUUAUUACUGACUGCUAUCAUGCACCUAUCACAGCAUGUGCUGAACAAUGUUUUUCCACAAAAAUGUGUUUAUUCAAAUUCUACAUCUUUGAGGAAUGUCACUGCAAACAGAGCUCAACAUUUUGUCUUGGUUAGAAACUUACUGUAAGUAAAAAAGUAAAAAAAAAUCUAUUUCUUUAAACAUUCUGGCAAAGCAAGCAAUGUUUCCAUUGAAAAUGCAGAGUUCUUUUCAUGUCCAAAAAUGAGAUAUGUCUAAGGGCCAAAUGUGAAUUAAUAUAAAUCUUCACAAAUAAAUUAACUUGGUGUAAGCCUAAAAUAUAACACAGUUGGUCUCCAAUUGCAUUACUCUGCAAUUUUGCACUGCUAUAAUCAUUUAUCAAAUAAAUUAAGCUCUAUUUAUGCUGAAAUAUGUAUUUAGUCAAUAUUCAUUUAGUUUAUAUAGUUAAUGUACAGAGACGGUAAAGUGAGAUUGCAUGGAUGCUGGCAAGAUAUAACCAUAACACAUUUGCAGACAUAAAUAAACACAGCAGGCUAAGCAGGGUAGAAAAUAAGUGACUGUAGCCAAAAAGUAGUGUCACACUCUCCAAAAACAAAAAUAUAGAGCUGGCUGGAAAGACGAUUUACAAUACUAACAAUUUUGAAAGGAAUUUCAUUUUUGGCUAAGCACUUUACUCCAAGGAUAUGGGACAGGAAAUUGUGUGAAAUUUCAGCAGUCACUCCAAAUGUGAAUCGGUCAAAUUUAUUUGUGUAUCAUUAGACCUUGGGAGGUGGAGACUCUCCACCUUGUACCUUCUUUUUCAUUGAUAUCUUCUGUGCACCUUGAAAGAGCAGCAGUUGGUCUUAAAGUCAAGUACCUCCCCUCAUGUCUGUAGAGGACAUUACAUGACUAGGGUUCCCCAUCUAGAGAAGUUGCUCUGGACCUUUGCAAAAUAGCGCUUGAGGUUGUUGUUGAACUCUUCCUCUGGCCAAUUUGAGUUCUCUGACCUUGGCUCAGCUGGGAGUACAGGACUGGUCUUGAGAGAUGGGAGUUGGGUAUUCUGAUACAGUAGCUUGGACAGUGGAGUUCAUUCUGCAAGAAUAAUGGCUUUAAAGUUGACCGCCUUUGCCUUGGUCAGGAUGCAGGAAAUAGUGAUGGGUCAUUCAUUUAAAGGUGUAACAGAAAGAAAUGUCCAAAGAAUAUUGCUAAAAAGUUUUUAAAUCCCCUAAGAAACAUUUCAGUCUAAGUCUAAUCCUCAAAAGCCUGCAUGAAAGUUUCUUAGUUUCUUAAAUAAAUUGUAGUAACUCCACAUAAAUGGCUGAUUUAUUAUAAACUCCAAUGCAAUUAUACCUUUUGUGCAAAGCAUUGAAAAUGUUGAGCCCUGACAGAGGCAUUCACUCAGUUAAUACUUGUAUCAUAUUCCUGCUGUAUGGUCAUUUAAAACAGAAAGAAGCAAAGAAAGAAGAAAUAAGCCAAAUGUAUUGACUGAAAUGUAUGAAUUAUAUAAGCUAAGUACUGGAAGGCAUGAAAUGAGGAAAAAACUUGACCUAGCAUUUAGUCACUACCUUUUCAAUCAUAACCCAAGUUUCUGAUCUGAGGCAACCUCAUCAUUUAAAUUUUUGCUUACAAAAUGCUUCAUAUUGUGCAAAGUUAAAGUUGAAAAAAGGCAGAGUGGCAACACAACACAAAGGUACUUCUCAGUCCUUAUUUCAUGCCUUGCGUACAAGAAAAUAAGCAUUCCAAAUGGUAUUAGAUGUGAACUGGAGGAUUUAUAUAUAAAUAUAUAUAUACAGUAUAUAAAUAUAAUAUAAGAAAAUUGCAUUUCUUUUGAGCAUUUUAAUUCAUGAUGAAAUGGGUGGAAUAAUAUAUUGUCACAUAUAGAGUUUGUAGGCUACUUUUGUUUUCUUAGUCACUGUAUAGUGUGGACUAUCAAUCAUUGUCCUGACUCCAUUCCUUUCCUGGCAAACAGAGGUGUUGAGAAACAAUAAUGACACAGCCAUGGUGGCAUUACUUUUAGCUGGAUGACCUCUGCUCAGCGCAACAUCAAUCAAGGAUGAUUGAAAAUAUAAACUCUUCUGGGUUUAAGAGCUCAAAGCAGAUUUGGCAUUUUUUUUCCUGAGCUAAGCUCUAAUAAACAGAGAAGUGCCAUUGGAUCUUUAAAUCCAAUGACAGAUACAGUACCACACAGGCAGGCUCAAAGACCCUGAUUAUUGCAUUCACUUACACUGUACACCAUUGCUUUUGAUUUCAGUUUUUGUUAAUUUGGCUCAGGUUUGUACAAAGUCAGAAACCAACUGAACAGCAAGAGGAAAAGAGGGUAACUAGCCUUUGAGUGAACAAUACAACACAAAUAAAAGUGUUCCUACUUUCCUACCUAUGGAGGGUUGGCUCCUCUGGAGUGUUCUAAAUGACUGGCAGUCAUCCUUGCCUCAGUAACUGAAACACACUUAAGUGAUAUGCCAUUUAGGGCACAUUUAUCUACGUUUCUCUUUUUUUUCUUGUGUACUUGACUAACUAAGCCUUUUAAUGAGAACUACUAUAUAAGUUAAAUAAUACUAUUCAUUACUUUUGUGAUAGUAGUUCACACAAAGAACCCGUUUAAUUUUUAAUUCUGAGGCACACAAGCAUCCUCUUCAACAAAACCCUGGAAGGGUCUCUGUUAUUUGGAAGACCAGCACUAAAAUAGCUUCUAAUCCACACAAAGUAUUGAACCAAAUAAGUGGCUAAAGUGCAGCAUACUGUGCCAAACAGGGACUUCUUUAGUUGCUCCUUCUUCAGACUUGUAAUUCAAAUCCUAGUGAUUAGAAAGAAUUCCUCUUACACCGUUACAUAUAACUGGGUAAUGUCAUCCAAAAGCUUGACCUGCCUCACAGCUUGCCACUCUGGGAGGUAGUGCAACGCUCAAUAUAUUUUAUAUAAGCUGCUGUCAUCAUGGUUUCUACAACUAUUUUGGUCUAUGUAUGUGUGUAAAUAAAUGUCUUGUUCUUAGUCUCUGUGUGUGUAUUGAGAAGGCUGGAUAUCAUGUGAGGUCUUGGGGGUCUGUUAACCAGAAGUUCACAACUGGUGUGAAUCUAUGAAAAAUGCAGAGCCAGGUUGGCACAAAUGUAAAAUUAUUACUGGGGCAGCCAUUUCAAAAGUAGUAUAAAUUGUCCUUUUAAUCUCUUUGUUUUAUAUUUUUAUAAUAAAGCUAUAAUAAAAAAGAAUAAUUCUCAA